AUGACUGACCAAAGCACCACAGACCAAAGCACCACAGCGGCUAGGAAGCCAUACCUAGCAUUGAGCUUUGCGCCUAUCAUAUUCAGUGCUAGGGGUCGUACACGGUCGGUUUUCGGUUCUCCCAUAGUGACCACAAAGAAAGCAGAAGAGGACCCCGACGAGCCUUUCAAAAUCCCGCCAGGGAACUACUUUCUGACUCUGGAAGUUCUCAACGAUGUUCCUGUACUGGACAAUUCGCAUAAUUGUUGCUACCUUAAUGCAAAGUGGCACAUGGAACCUGGCAGCCCACCCUUCAUAGUGGCACAAAAGAAACCCGUCGAAAUCCAUGUUGUUCAAAAACUUGAAGAGAAUGGUAUUGGCGACACCAAAAUUUUCAAACCCCAUCCGCUAGGAUUAUUUUCACUCGCCCUUGGUGAAAUAGAGGUAAAGCGUGGGAGUUGGUCGUACAUGUUGGUGGGUGAUGUUCAUCGCUGCUUCUGGCGUAAAGCUUCCGAACCUGAUUGGCAAUCUGAUGUUCUGACUUACAAAAAACCUUCUCCAAAUCCCGAGUAUAAGAUACUUGUGGAGUAA